UUAAAAAUGGCUCAUACAAUGACGCUUUGGUUUCUGGUCUUGGUGACCUUAAGUCCCACAUGGCUAGUCUGGCGAAGAAGGGCCGCCAAAGUCACUUCCGCAAAGAAGUUUUUGUAUCUAGACCGUCACAUUGCCGAACGCAAUCAGAGUUGGGCCCACCGUCUCCCAAUAAACUUCUAUUCCGAAUGGAACAAGCAGUACUACAGGACAUUUCGUCGACACGCUGGCAUGAUGGUCUUAUUUGGAACAGAAAUUCGGCACCAGCACCCAUUCGAAUAUGCUCGAUUUGUCUGA